AUGUGCAACACGAUGUGUGACUCGGCGCAUAAUACGGCCAGCGUCACGGCGUGCGACCUGCUGUACAGCACAACGCGUGGCUCACUGCGGGGACGGCGCGUGUGUCCCGGCGUGCGUCCCAGCGCCCGAUCCGCUGCGCGCCCCGCCGUACAACGCAGCGCGCGAUCCCCCGUACGACCCGCCGUACGCCGGACGGCGACCCGCGGUCCGACCCGCCGCGUCCCGGUGCCGCGGCGCCCCGCUCCGAGGAUCCCCGCCGCGCGGCGUUUCGGCGCGGGCCAGCAGAUGGCGGCGCCGCCCCGGCUGGGCGCGCAGCCCCGCGCACGCCGCUGCCGCGCGAGCCCCGCUCCGGUUACAACCCUCCCCCGCCCCCGCCCUCCGCGGCGGUGUCUCCCUGCCCGCCACCUCCCCGCCUGUCACUGCCACGCCGGAGAGCCACCAUGGCGCACGGCGGGCCACGCGGCAUCCCCGGCGGCGGCGGCGGCGGGCCGGGAGCGGGUCUCGCUCCUCAGCACCUCCUUCGUGCUCAAAGGGGACGCGUCUCACAACCAGGCGAUGGUGCACUGGACGGGCGAGAACAGCAGCGUGAUCCUGAUCCUUACCAAGUACUAUCAUACUGACAUGGGAAAAGUGCUGGAGAGCUCUUUGUGGAGGUCCUCAGAUUUUGGGACAUUAUACACAAAGUUGAAUCUACAGCCUGGGAUUGCCACUGUUAUUGACAAUUUCUACAUUUGUCCCACCAACAAAAAAAAGAUCAUUCUUGUAAGUUCUUCCCAUAAUGACCGUGACCAAAGCCUUUUCAUAAGCACAGAUGAAGGAGCUACGUUCCAGAAGCAACCCAUUACUUUCUUUGUGGAAACUCUCCUCUUCCACCCAAAAGAAGAAGACAAAGUACUUGCUUACACAAAGGAAGGCAAGGUUUAUGUAUCCACUGACUUGGGGAAAAAAUGGGUCCUUCUUCAGGAACGUGUUUCAAAAGAUCAUAUUUUUUGGGCCGUUGCUGGAGUUGAUGGAGACCCUGAUUUAGUUCAUAUGGAAAUUCAGGACCCCAGUGGAGGUUAUCGCUACAUCACUUGUCAGAUUCAGAAUUGUUCUGAUAAGACAAUGACAGUCCAGUUUGCUGGUGUCACUGAUCGGGAUUCCCUGACUGUGCAGGAUGACUACAUAUUCCUUCAGACAACAUCAGCAAAUCGGACCAAGUAUUAUGUAUCCUAUCGUCGAAAUGGCUUUGUGCAGAUGAAGUUGCCAAAAUAUGCCUUGCCAAAAGAUUUACAGAUAAUCAGCACGGAUGAAAACCAGGUAUUUGUGGCUGUUCAGGAAUGGUACCAGACAGACACAUACAAUCUGUACCAAUCCGACCCACAAGGCAUUUACUAUUCUAUCCUGCUGGAGAACGUCCGGAGCACAAAGCAGCCAGAAGAAAAUGUCCUGAUAGAUAUUCUGGAGGUCAGAGGUGUAAAAGGAGUCUUUCUGGCCAACCAGAAGAUUGAUGGGAAAGUUACAACCCUAAUAACCUACAACAAAGGCCGUGACUGGGAUUUUCUAAACCCUCCAGACAUUGAUAUGAAUGGAAAACCUACCAACUGCAAACCUCCUGAUUGCUACCUUCACCUCCAUCUCCGCUGGGCAGAUAAUCCGUAUGUGUCAGGAACAGUCCAUACAAAGGAUACUGCACCAGGGCUCAUCAUGGGGGCAGGUAACCUGGGGUCUCAGCUGGUUGAGUAUAAAGAAGAAAUGUACAUCACAUCUGACUGUGGGAAGACAUGGCGCCAGGUCUUUGAAGAGGAGCAUCACAUCUUGUACCUGGACCACGGUGGAGUUAUUGUGGCCAUCAAAGAUACCUCUAUCCCACUGAAAAUACUCAAGUUCAGCAUAGAUGAAGGCCAGACUUGGAGUACACAUAAUUUUACAAGCACUUCAGUCUUCGUAGAUGGAUUACUUAGCGAACCUGGAGAUGAGACACUGGUCAUGACAGUCUUUGGACACAUAAGUUACCGCUCAGACUGGGAACUGGUGAAGGUGGACUUCAGGCCAUCCUUCCCCAGGGAAUGCACUGAUGAUGACUAUGAAUCUUGGGAACUCACAAAUCUGCAGGGUGAUCGUUGCAUCAUGGGUCAACAGAGGAGCUUUCGGAAGAGGAAGAUUUCAUCAUGGUGCGUUAAAGGGAGAAGUUUCACUUCAGCUCUAACGUCCAAAGUCUGUGAAUGUGCGAACUCUGAUUUCUUAUGUGAUUACGGGUUUGAGCGCUCUGCACCUGUGAAGUCACAGUCUAGCAAGUGCUUUGCUGACUUUUGGUUUAAUCCAGAAGCACCUCCUGAAGACUGUGUGCUGGGGCAGGCAUACACAAGCAGCAGUGGGUACAGGAAAGUUGUUUCUAAUGUGUGUGAAGGUGGUGUAGACCUGCAGCAGAACUUAGCACAACAUUUGUGUCCAUUGAUUGCUCCCAAGGGACUUCAGAUCAGCAUCAGAGGAGAAAGCUUGGCUGUUAAGCCUGGGGAGGACAUCACCUUCAUUGUCAGACAAGAGCAGGGUGACAUAUUGAAUACCAAGUACCAGGUGGAUCUCGGCGAUGGCUUUAAGGCGAUAUAUGUCAAUCUUACAAUGACUGGGGAACCCAUCCGUCACCGUUACGAGAAUCCUGGGAUUUACCGUGUCUCAGUGAAAGCUGAAAAUGUUGCUGGACAUGAUGAGUCUGUAGUGUUCAUCCAAGUCAACUCUCCUCUGCAGGCUUUAAAUUUAGAAGUGGUUCCAGUCAUUGGCAGAAACCAGGAGGUGAAUCUGACAGCCAUCAUACUGCCCAAGAACCCUAACUUGACAGUCUUCUACUGGUGGAUAGGAAACAAUCUUCAGCCACUUCUUACAUUGGACAGUUUUCUGGUGACGAGGUUCGCUGUGACAGGUGAUGUCAGAGUGACAGUGCAAGCUUCCUGCGGGAACUCCAUGCUACAAGAUUCCAAAGUUGUCCACGUUUUUGAUCAUUUUCAUGUUCUUCCUCUGAAGUUUACCAAGCACCUGGACAUGUACAACCCCAACAUACCAGAGUGGAGGGAAGACAUAGGGCGUGUAGUAACACGACUUCUUGCAAAGGAAACCAAUAUACCUGAAGAAACACUUAUGACAGUUGUGAAACCUGGUCUGCCCACAACUGCUGACUUGCAUGUGCUCCUACCAGCAAAUCAACCUAAAAGGAAGAGAAGUGUAACUAGUGAUAAGAGAAUAGCGGCUAUAAAGCAGGCCUUGAAUGCACACAAUAUCAGUUUUUUUCUGCGAGGAGGAUACUGGAUCUUAGUGACAUUAGCAGACUCUGAUUCAGACUCUCAAAGAAUUGGAGGAGGCAGUGGCUACUGGGCUAUUGUGGUUCUCUUUGUUAUCUGUCUAGUCGCAGUUGGGGCUUUCAUCCUCUACAAGUUCAAAAGAGCUUUUAUUAAGAAGGGAACUACAGUACCAUUUGCAGAUUCUGAGCCUUAA